ACUGUAAAUCAAUUAUGAAUCUGGUGUUUGACAUCCAAAAGCUUGUUAUUACACCAAAUUAGAAAGAGGGGCAGAUUAGAAAAUUAGGGUUUAUCUUUCAAUACUUGAAAGUUGAAACCCAAUUCCCCAUCUAUUCUAUCCAAUAUCCAUGGCUGCUCACGCCCUCUCGCUGCUCCCCAUUUCGACACCUUCUCGUAAUCAUUUUUGCUGUAAACAAGAAUCAAUUAAAUCAUCACUCUGUUAUCAUCUUAGUCUCGCUAGCUCUUUCGUUGGAGCUAAAUUGGCUGUUAAUUAUACAAAUUCGCGGCAGUACACUCACACACAGCACUCCUCCACGGUGGCCACCAUCUCCGUCAGUCUUCCCACUGGGACACCUGAUAGAAUCUCGAGGCAGAAGUCUCCCAAAUGGUCAGCUAGGGCAAUAAAGUCGUAUGCAAUGGCUGAAUUGGAAGCUAGAAAGCUUAAGUAUCCUAAUACUGGGACGGAAGCUCUUCUCAUGGGAAUUUUGGUCGAAGGAACCAGUUUAGCUGCAAAGUUCUUGAGAGAAAAUGGUAUCACUCUUUUUAAAGUUCGGGAUGAGACUGUCAAAUUGCUUGGAAAAUCAGACAUGUACUUUUUCAGUCCUGAGCAUCCUCCAUUCACAGAACCAGCUCAGCGGGCACUUGAUUGGGCUAUAGCUGAGAAACUGAAGUCAGGCGAAGAUGGGGAAGUAACAGCUGCUCACUUUCUUCUGGGAGUGUGGUCAGAAAAGGAAUCAGCUGGUCACAAGAUCAUGGCUGCACUUGGUUUUGAUGAUGAGAAAGCUAAGGAAGUUGCCAAAUUUAUGGACAAGGAUAUAGACUUGGGCUUCAAGACGAGAAGUUAGAGCUUUGGAAGUGAGCGUAAUUUUUGCUUAUUAAUCUUCUUAAGAAAUUUCUGGGACAUAUGCUUGGGGUCCUCUGCGAUACUUAUGUCCCAUAUAUUCUUUUAAGGCUUCUUAAAAGUUCAUUGUGUCAAUUCCUUGUCCAGUGUGUGCAGUCUCUCUUCACAAUUUUACCUUACUCCCUUUAGCUAUAAGAUCUAUACCUGGUUUCCGUACCA